AUGCCCGACGACAUCGAGUCCAGCUUCCAAGCCGCCAUCGACGCAGGCCAGAUCAACGGCGCCGUCAUCUGUGCAACCGACACCGAUGGCAACUUUACCUACAAUCAAGUCUUUGGCGAGCGAACUCUGUUCUCCGGUGAAAAGCGCCCGCAGCAACUAGACGAUGUCAUCUACCUCGCCUCCGCCACCAAGAUAGUCACCGCCAUCGCCGCCCUACAAUGCGUUGAUGACGGCCUGCUCAGCCUUACGGGUGAUCUCUCCGCUAUUGCCCCAGAACUGGCAAGCAAACAGGUCCUUAAUGGAUUUUCUGAAGACGGCGAGACACCGCUCUUGGAACCUAUCAAUGAUCCCGUCACGUUGGAAAUGCUCCUCACACACAGCGACGGAUUGAAUUACCAUUUCCUAAACCCGCUCAUCGCACGGUGGCGUGAGAAAUUCGUUGAACCAAACCUGCAGGAAGGCGAGAAGCGGAACGUCGAGGAAACUUUCUGCUACCCGCUUAGCUACCAGCCCGGUAAAGGUUGGAUGUAUGGACCUGGUCUGGACUGGGCGGGGAGAAUAGUUGAGCGCAUGACGGGUCUCAGUCUUGGAGAGAGAAUGCAGAAGCGGAUCUUCGAUCCAUUAGAUAUCCAUGACGCGCAAUUUUAUCCCGUAUCACGGGACGAUUUGCGUGAUCGCCUUGUUGAUUUGAAUCCGGAUGACCCUGAUGCCCUGGGGCGUGCGGUCGUUGGUGCCGGGGAAAUGAACGCGCGUGGACGUGGAGAUUUUGGCGGUCAUGGGCUUUUCAUGUCUGCUGCGAGUUUUGUGAAAAUUCUUCACGCUAUCCUGGUUAAUGAUGGGACAUUACUUGAGCCUGGGACUGUUGAUGAGAUGUUUCAGCAUAGACUUGGUCCUGAAGCAACGGAGAGUCACCAGGCGGCGUUGGCUUCUCCGUUCGGACAAUUCUUCCGUGUUGGUGUGGAUCUUGAGACACAGUGCGGAUUCGGUCUUGGUGGUUUACUUACGCUGGAAGAUGUGGAUGGCUGGUAUGGCGAGCGAACUUUGUCCUGGGGUGGGGGGGAUGACGCUUGCUUGGUUUAUUGA